AUGUGGGUACAGCUUUCACUCAGUGAGACACUUCAGUCCAUGCUUCACUUUAUCUCCACAAAUCCUCCCUCUAAAUGCAACAGAGCAUCCUGCAUACUCAUCCCACGUCUGAACACCUCACUGGACACCUUGCCUGUAGCCCUACUGACAUCCUGGGGUAACCUUGAUUAAGCCUAUGAGGAGCCAAUUGUACCAGGGAUUCCUCGUGCAGAGCAUGCAAUCAGUUUGCAGGGAGCAGCCACAGCCACAGGAAAGAUGCAGAAGCACAAUCAGAAGGAGCACCUCUACAAGCUGCUGGUGAUCGGGGACCUGGGAGUGGGCAAAACCAGCAUCAUCAAACGUUAUGUCCACCAGAACUUCUCCCCUCACUACAGGGCCACCAUCGGGGUGGACUUUGCCUUGAAGGUGCUGAGCUGGGAUGCUGAGACUGUGGUACGGCUGCAGCUCUGGGAUAUUGCGGGUCAGGAAAGAUUUGGAAACAUGACCAGAGUAUACUACAGAGAGGCCAUGGGGGCAUUUAUUGUCUUUGACGUUACAAGACCUGCAACGUUUGAAGCAGUGACAAAAUGGAAAGAGGAUUUGGACUCUAAGUUGGUUCUUCCAAAUGGCAAACCUGUGCCAACAGUCCUCUUAGCAAACAAAUGUGACCAGGGAAUAGAUGUUCUUAUGAACAACGGCAUCAAGAUGGAUCAGUUCUGCAAAGAGAAUGGGUUCGUGGGCUGGUUUGAAACAUCAGCCAAGAUAAUUUCAGCGCAUGCAAGAUUUGAAGAGCUGGCAUAUGAGCUGAACUACGGAAAGUCUGGGGAGGGACGUUUACAAGGGCAG